AAAAUGUAAGCUGCUGACCGCGCCAACUGUUUUCUCGGAGACGUCGAACGUGUGUGCCUUCUGUGUGGAAUGAAGAACAGCUGACUCGUGCCGAGGCGAUGUUUCACUGACCGCUCCGGUAUGGUUAUGAAGUUAGUUGUGCAGUGGUCACUCAAGUGCAAGGCAUUAUCAACACGGAUGACAGCACUGCCUUCCACAUCUAUUGUAACUAUGGACCAGCACAUCUAGGGCUUCUGAUGUGUUGUUGACAGUGCAGAGACGACAGAUUUAUUGCUACGUUAAAUAGGAAACUACGGUGUCACAACAUGGAAGAUGAACAAGAUGGUGUUGCACAGCUGCGGGAAAUAUUUGAAGCUUGCGACGUGAAACGCAAAAGCAAGUUGGAUGCUGAUGGGCUUCGCUUGCUGUGUAAGAAACUGCAGCUAGAGCACAAGGCAUCUCUGCUGGUGCACCACUUGUUGGGUUGCGGCAAGCGCACCUCGGUAAGCUUCGAUGAGCUUAAGGAUGGGUUCAUUUCACUUCUCACUCAAGUUGAGGAGGUGGUGUUGGAGAGCACGUUCACUGCUACCAGUGGUGCAUCCGACAGCGAGGUCCGUCUGGAAUCUGCAGAUGCCAAUGAACUUGCAGAAGGCCGUGAAGUCUCACCAAAGUUUGUGCUUGGUGAGAAGAAAUAUGGCAGGCGUUCACGUCCUGCAUCACAGGCUGACAUGGACAUGGUGCUCUCAUCAGACGGGGAGAUGGAUGAUAUCAUGUCUUCAGGUGAAGAUUGCAAGGCGUAUGAACAAAUGAGCAUUACUAAGGAUCAAACAGUCAGUGACCAAUCAACGCCCAACCAAAACUCCGUGCCUGAGCAUGCAACCCCUGAUCUAAGAUUGGCUGCAACAAAUUUGGAUGCCACUCCAGAUGGAUGUGGAAGUCCUGAGGUGUUCCCUCUGGCAUAUACCUCUGGCAAUGGCACAGAGUCAACAGAAUCCAGUCUUACUCUGCUCGAAACAAACCCAGAUGAAUAUUUACGAGGCAUCUGGAAGAAGUUGAACGUUGGCCGUGAUGGAUUUCUCAACGUUGAAGAGUUGGCUGGUGUCUGUGAACACAUAGGCAUGGAAAUGAAUGAUGAGACAAUUUGUCAGCUGUUUGACACGUUAGACUGUGACCGUGAUGGGAAGAUAAGCUUUGAGGAGUUUGUUCAGGGCAUGUGCCAGCAUAGUGGAUCCACCCCCCUGGUGGCCCCCCUUCCCCUGGCUCAAGAGAUUUCUGCUGCUGACAGGGCUACCCCUUUGCAUGUCAAUUCUUCUGAUCAUCGGCAGUUUGGCCGCCGCCAGCCAUUCCAUAAUCUUCCCUCAAGCUUCAAAGAUGCUUCAGCGACAGAACAGACAGACCCGGCUGUAAAAGGAGCUGUGGUGCCAACAUGGGAAUCUGGCAUCUUCUCCAGCAUCGAUCCAGAGAACACAGGGUACGCAGACAGUCAGAGCGUCAUCAGUCUCUGGGAAUCCCUGGGCCUGUCCGGCGGAUGCACCAUGCUCAAGCAACUGGGCUUUAACCCAAACCUGAAGGUGAAUCUGCUUGACCUCACGAGUCAGCUGGAAGAAGAGUUCAUGUCACAGAGCAACGCUGUCUUCGCUCUGGCUUCUUACCAGCACGAGCUGCAUCACCUUAAGGCGAAUUUUGAGCAAGCCCGCGAAGAACGGGACCGCCUACGUGUCAGUCUAUCGGAGGCGAACGCAAGGGCGACACUGUUGGCACAAGAAGUUGACGAACACCAUGCCAAGCUGGAAAAAGCGUCCGAGAACAAACUCGUGACCCUGGAAAAGAAGCACCAGGAACAGCUUCGGGAAGCGCUGGAGGAGCUUCAAAGAGAACGCGAGGUAUCUUCCUCUCAGCUCAGCAAGAUCAGGCAACAGGGGCAACAGGAAGCGACGGCGCUCAGGAAUGAAGAAGGGAAGCUGCGGUUGCAACUGGCCACCCUCCAGAAAGAAAACCAACGACUGGAAUCUGAACUGCAAGACUUGAGUGAAAAGUGCCAAGAAUUGCACCGUCUUGGCGAAAACCAACAAAAGGAACUUGAAACCGUUGUGCAUCUAAAGAAGAAGAUAGCUGAUUUCGAGUCCAGACAGGCGAUUCUAAAGGAUGAGCAGUGCCAGAAGAUGAUCUGCGAGCUGGAGGCCUCUCGUAAACAGAACAAGGAGAUCCAGGAUAACAACGACGAGCUAAGUCUGGAAUUGGAGACGCUACGACAACAGUUGGCCAAUUCAGGUCGCCACGGGAAGAGGCAUCGGCGCUCGGGUUCUUGGCUGGCCGAGUACUCACGGCCCGCAGCGCAAGGGGGAGGAGUCAAGCGAAGAGGCAGCGAUGGCUCCUCUUCUGAAGAAUCGGAUGACGACACCCGAGUGGCUGAGAAAAUUCGCAAGCGAGGUGCCAUUAUGCUGAGCAGCCUGGAAGGCACACACCUCGCAGAAAGUGCCAACCUGAACGACUCGCAGCGCGAAGCCCUGGAACGUAUCAGUGCAGCGUACGAGCGAACACUACGCGAAGUGGAGGACUCAUACCGUAUGAAGGUGGCCCAACUAGAAUCGCAGCUCAAUUCUCAACUGAGUUCACAGCUGUCGCAACCCGAAGUGGACUCCAUGGACGCGGCGCAGUCUCUCAUUACAAAGUUGCAGGAUGAGCUGGACCUCAAGAAUGUUUUGACAGAACGGCUGCGCGGGGACGUGACAACGCUCCAAAGUCACUUGACGGAACAGAGGGAGCAACUGGAAGCUCAACUGAAGUUCAAGGAUGAAGAAAUCGCCAGGACGAAAAAAGCAUGCGAGCAAGAGGUGGAGAAGAUGAAAGAGCAAGCAACUGAGCAGUGUUUGGACUGCAGAUUGCGAAGUGUGGAGAGGGACACCUCACAGCACAAGGCACGCAGCGACCUCGAAAGGGAGCUUCACAUGAAUCUCGAGAGACAUCUGUCUAUGGUUGGGCACAACCAGCAAGGGAAAACGCCGGACGCUGUCGCGGCCGAACUCACUCAAGACAUCUGCACCCUGUUCCGGAGUGUAUCACGGGGUGGCGGUGACGCGUCUGCUGCUGGCUUCCAGAACAGGCUGGCCGGUAUGGUGGCCAAGGCACUGGCGACCGUCGAAACGCACCUCGAGUCUCUUCACAUUCAAGAGCAGGAACGACUCAAGCUUAACCUGCAGGAGGAGCAAGGACGAAGGCUCAAGCAGGAGCAUAUGAUCGAAAACCUGGAGGCCGAACUACAGCACAAACAUGGACAGAGCACGCUGAGCCAAGAAUGGCCGGGUUCCUUCCAGGCCACUGUCGCCCAGGAGGCUGACAAACCCAGUAGAACGGAUGUGCUUCUUCGGGACCUGUACGUGGAGAACGCUCGCCUGCUGCGUUCCCUGCAAGUAUCCGAAGACGAGCGGCGUAACGCCGAGCAUAACGUCACACGUCUGCACUACAAGUGUAAAGUACUCAGUCAGCUGCUUGCCGAUGUGACCAGGGCCGCCGUCAACGGUUCCAGAGUCGUCUGCGCGUAAGAAGCCGAUCCCUCGAAGAGUGAAAGCCAUUGGGACCAACUUUGCCACCGAUAAGAAUAUGAACUUUGCAAUGUUAUGUUCCUCGUGUUUAUUUGUGAGAGGGCGUUUUUAAUUGUUAUAGGGAAAACCUACUGCGUUGUUGAUCUCGACCCUAAGUUGAGAAAGAUGAUGUUACGGCCCGUUGUGUCGGGGUUUUGUAAAGGCAAGUCAUUCCUGAUAUAUGGGCGACGGCCAUAACUCGAUUUGCUUAGUCUGUAUUGAUAUAAUAGACGCCCUUUUACUGGAUAUAGAUAUGUAAUAAUGCCCGCCCCCGUUAAGAAGCCUAACGACCGAUGUAUCUUGAGCGGAACGCAUUCGUAGACAUUGUCUUCGGCCGUCAAAAACAGGUCAAGGACUGGUCACGCGACCGUUAUCACCGUCUGAUAGUGUUCACCAUGUGUGCCUGUAAGUCAGCAUGAACGGAACAUGUGCAGUGACCUAAAAGGCUAGUAUCACUCAUAACAUAUCCAUUUCUUCAUUCUGCAUGCAUGGUUAAUCUCUAUGAUGUCAUUUUACCAUGGGAAGACACGUAACGAUGUCUUGUUUUAUGUGUGUGCGACCGCCACACGUAUUUUCUGCUCUGUUAAUGACCAGAAUAAGUGCAAUUCUUGCAGAGUGUGCCGUUAUCGGACCUUAGCCACUGCGGGCCCUGUAUUUAUUGGAGGAUAGAUCUGACCGUCUGAUUUAUUAAUAUAAACGCACUACAUGAAGUUUUGAUAAUAAAAUCCUUUUUGAUAGUGAA